AGUAAACCUCGAGCUACAUCUAAAUGAUAUUUUACGAAAAGUUGACAAUAUGCCCAAGAAGACUCCGUCAACUUUACGAUGUUUUAAUUCCUGUUUUGUGAGAGAGUAAUAUUGCACUUGAUCCCGGAGCCGGAAGGGGGCAUGGGACUAAAGGUAGCGCUUUUUUAUACCAUUUUUGAGUUGAGAGUAAAUAUGAAAAGCUGUCAGAAAGAAUUUCACUAUAAGGGAGGGUCAUUCAUUCCCUCUAUCGACAGCCGGUUCAAGUGCGCCCUCCAUGCCCGUUUUAAACUUUAUUAUCUUUUAAAAACUCUCCACUCUAUAAAUUAUCAAAGCGUACUUUAAAUUGAACACAUUUUAUCAUCAGGAUUAAGAUUCUAGAGAAAAAGAAAUAUAAUAAAAUUAUUUAUAAAAUAACUUUUUAUCUUGUUGUCUUUAUUGUUUUAUAUUCUCCGACCGUUCGUUUUAUCGCACAGUAACGCAAAAUAGCCCUUUCAUUUUCUUUUUCUUUCGUCGUCAGUAACCGAUAACCGACAUUUCCAUAAUGUACAAAGCUUCAUUGUCAGUUAUUGUGACACCAAACGUUUGUUGUGAUGGGAAAACAUUGGAGCGGUGGUCAGCUGUCAACGAUCGGUUGGGCGUUAUCAAAAUUGUUUAAUUCAGUUUAAGAGAUUGAGAUCAAAACAAUUGUUAUGACCAACCUAAAACUAAGAAUAUCCGAUUGGACAUCAUUGUUUUUUCUUCGAAUUCGUCACUGUUAGAUAAGUCAAUCAAUGCUAAACGAUAAGAUAACUAGAACAGAAAUUGGUAUUUUUGUUUCAUUUUUGUUUCGUUAGAAAAUUUAUCAUCUUGGGACUUUCAAUAGACUUUUGAGACAAAGGUGCAUUUAUCCUGCUCCAAAUUCUGGUGAAAACAAAGAAUGGACAAACGUAUAAAUAUUAGUCUGGAACGAGAGACGAACCACUGACUUAGAAGCUCUCCGAGUGAUACGCAGCGAAUUCAGACCGGCUCCUCCGAAGUAUUUCCCCGUCGAUAUCCUGACAUCACCCGAUAAACCAUCACCAUGAAGCUCCUUCUUCUACUGGCGGCGGCAGUUGCCCUAGCGAAUGGCGCAGCAGAUCGUGAAACUACCAGUGUGCUGCAGUUUGGCAAUAUGAUUCUCUGCCUGGUGGAUCUGGGUCUCUGGUCUGGGCUGGACUACAACGGUUAUGGCUGUUACUGUGGCUACGGAGGCUCAGGCAAAGCGCUGGAUGCUACCGACCAAUGCUGUGUAGAACACGAUAACUGCUACGGUAGAGCUCCAACGGAGGGCGGAUGCAAUACCUUGGAUACCUACUUAAUCGACUACGACUACGAAAAAACCACUGACGCUAAUGGCAACUGUGCCAUCAAAUGCAAGGCAGAGGCCGACUACGGGUUUUUCUCCAUCAAUUCCCAAUGCAAAGCCUUCAUGUGUGAAUGUGAUCGCAAGGGGGCGCAAUGCUUCGCAGACAAGCGGGGCUCGUUUAACCGCGACUAUGUCAACUAUGACAAGAGCAGCUGUUAAAUGUUGAGUAUGUAGGCCUACUCCUGAGGUUGGUCCAAAAACAGAGCGAGUUCAAAUCCAGUGAUACCCUUUUAAGGGAUUAAUUCCUCAGCAAUAAUUUAUUAUUGGUAGUGUGUUGGCAACCUCCUCGGUUCUUUCUGUGGCCUCUCUGGAAUCUCCCAUAAAUUUGCACUAAGUUUAGUCGGGCACAAUUUGCAGUCAUCAGCCGACAUUUGAAGCAAAACAAAAAACAGG